CACAUAUAAAUAAUUAUGCAAUAUUUAUACAACAGCAACAAAAGCCUAGCAAUACCAGUUUCAUCGUCGUCUCUGCUUCUGCUGUCGCUGCCUUCGUCAUUCAAAUUGAGUUUUUGGGGCCUGAAGAUGAGACCCCAGACCCAGACCUAGACCCCAGUCAGAGUGGAUGUUUCAGUCGUCAACGAAACGCCUAAACGCACGCCAGUGCGUUAAUAUAGGAAACGCUAAAUUACAAAUUAAUAGACUUAAUAUAUUUCGUUUUUUUUUUUUUUUGUGUUUCUGUUUUGUUUCUCGCUGUCAUAAUGUUGUUGCUCCUGCCGUUCAUAGUGUUCCUUGGUCAUUUCUCCCUUCUGGAGGGUAAAAUCUAUGAACGAUGUGAGCUAGCCAAUCAACUGCAAUAUCGCUUCGGUUUACCCCUACAUGAAGUGGCCGUUCUGCUGUGCAUUGCCCAACAUACGAGUGAUUUUAAUACGGCCUUUAGCAAUAGCGAUUCGCAUGGCAUCUUUCAGAUAAGUGAUGCAUUUUGGUGUGAUAAGACUGGCGGAUUUGGCGGUGCUUGUGGUUUAAGUUGUGCCCGUCUAAGAGACAAUGAUAUAGCCGACGAUGUACUGUGUGUGAGAAAAAUCCAUGCGGAACAUCAGAGAUUAUCAGGAGAUGGUUUUACUGCCUGGCAAGCGUAUGGUGCAUAUUGUCGACAGGAUGCAGCACAGUAUCUGAAUGGAUGUGCAGCAGGAAAUGCUGCUGUGGCAUUGAAAACGUCUCAAAGUGUGUCGUAUUAUCAAAACAGGAUUCCGCCAGUGACAAUACCUGCAACGAUUCCAUCUAGAAUUACACCAUCGUAUUAUCCAACUCAGAUCCAAACUCGGGGUAAAAUCUAUCAACGCUGUGAACUGGCCCAGGAGCUGUACUACACACACAAGAUGCCCAUGCAACAGAUACCCACUUGGGUGUGUAUAGCCAAGCACGAGUCCUCGUUCAACACUGCCGCAGUGGGUCGUCUCAAUGCCGAUGGGUCUGCGGAUCAUGGUUUAUUCCAAAUAAGCGACCUAUUUUGGUGCAGUCAUGAUGCAAGAGAGGGUGGCAAAGGAUGCCGAGCUUCGUGCUCGCAGUUUUUGGACUCCAACAUAAGUGAUGAUGUGCAAUGCAUUAAGAAAAUCUAUCGAGAACAUAAACAAAUCUCUGGAGAUGGCUUCAAUGCCUGGACUGUCUACCAAAGGAAUUGCAGAAAUCAAGGCUAUGAGCAAGUGGCCAAUUGCUUUAAGAAUUCUGUUCAGAUUUCACAGCCAACCUAUCAGCAACCGAAUUCUAUUGGAUUUACCAACCAAAGGAUUAUCACACCCACAUCGAAUCCCUAUUAUAGACCUCCUCCCCCAUUGCUAACCUAUCAGCCGCAACCGAAACAGGAUCUGUCACCAUAUCAAGGCAAUCCCUUCUUGCGGCCACAUUAUUCGGCACAACCCCAAGCGAAUGCUUUAGUGACCGCAACAGCGAAGAAAGGAUAUACACAAUACACGCAUCCUUUCUCCCAAGCUGGUAAAGUUUACAAACGUUGCGAAUUAGCCCAAGAGUUACAUUUCUCACACAAAUUUCCCAUGCAGGAUAUAGCCACUUGGGUGUGCAUCGCCGAGCAUGAAUCAUCAUUUAAUACCGCUGCAGUGGGUCGUCUGAACGCGGACGGCUCAGCGGAUCAUGGUCUCUUUCAGAUCAGUGAUCUCUACUGGUGCGGUCAUGACGGCCUCAAGGCCAAGGGAUGCAAUUUGGCGUGUGAUCACCUAUUGGAUGGAGAUAUAACCGACGACGUGGAGUGCAUCAAGACAAUUCACAAGGAGCACACACGUCUUUCGGGUGACGGUUUCACCGCCUGGACUGUCUAUCCUUUACACUGCAAAAACAGAAGAGCCGAUGAGGUGGCCGCUUGUUUUGAUUCGAAUACAAUUUCUUCCAUAAAGGAUGUAGUUAAGGCCCCAGCUAAACCCCAACCAAAACCAAGGGGCAAGAUCUACCAACGCUGUGAGCUGGCACAGGAUCUUUAUUACAAGCAUAAAAUUCCCAUGCAGCAGAUACCCACUUGGGUCUGCAUAGCAGAGCAUGAAUCCUCAUUCAACACUGCCGCUGUGGGACGACUAAAUUCGGAUGGAUCUUUGGACCAUGGCCUAUUCCAGAUAAGUGAUCUGUAUUGGUGCAGUCAUGGCAAUGGAGGAGGUAAGGCUUGUAGUAUAGAAUGUGAUCGCCUUCUUGAUGCAGAUAUAGCCGAUGAUGUAAAAUGCGUGAAGACCAUCUACGAUGAACACACACGUAUUUCGGGCGACGGGUUCACUGCUUGGACUGUGUAUCCUUUGCACUGCAAAAAUAGAAGAGCCGAUGAGGUGGCCAAUUGUUUUAAUUCAACUCUAACGCCUCCGAUAACGGAAUUGAUCAGAGCACCUAAACCAAAACCAAGGGGAAAGAUCUACCAACGCUGUGAGCUGGCACAGGAUCUUUAUUACAAGCAUAAAAUGCCCAUGCAGCAGAUACCCACUUGGGUCUGCAUAGCAGAGCAUGAAUCCUCAUUCAACACUGCCGCUGUGGGACGACUGAAUUCGGAUGGAUCUUUGGACCAUGGCCUAUUCCAGAUAAGUGAUCUGUAUUGGUGCAGUCAUGGCAAUGGAGGAGGUAAGGCUUGCAAUAUAGAAUGUGAUCGCUUUCUUGAUGCAGAUAUAGCUGAUGAUGUAAAAUGCGUCAAGACCAUCUACGAUGAACACACACGUAUUUCGGGAGAUGGCUUUAACGCCUGGACGGUCUAUCCAGGCCACUGCAAACAUCAAAGUUUGGCCAAGUUGAGUGAUUGCUUUCAAGGCAAUGAGAUCAUCGAAGCUGAUCAUCAACAGCAAACUCUCCCCAAAUUGGAAAAGCAUCACGAAAAUGUAGUAGAAACAUCUGCGAGCCACAGGUAUUCGGGUAAUCCGUUUCUUCAAAAUGUACAAUCAGCUGCAAAGCCUCCCCGAGUGACUAAACCUGCACCCACAGUCCAAGCAACAAAUUUCAAUCCUCAAUCGAAUGCUUAUAACUCUAAUCCAUUUCUACAGCGCGUCAAACCGCAGGAAAGUAGCAAAUGGCAAUCCAAACCUUCUUCUGUCAGUGUUGCAGCUCCAUUUUCGAGUGCAAAUAACUAUGCUAAUAAUCCUUUUCUUAAGGUUCCUGAGCCGUCAGUUCAUGGCAAUUCUUUAAACCACUUAGAACAAUCUAAGCCAAGCGUUGAUCACUUUAACUACGCGUCCAAUCCUGUCCUGAAUAUUUUAGCCAAACCUCUGGUACCUACUGCUGUUAAACCUUCCGCAGUUGCUUCGACCACAAAAUCUCCCCCUCAUCAAUAUCUUCAGCAACCAGCAAGACCUUAUAUCAGCAGUGAUAGUUUUCGUCAUGAAGUUAUUAAAUUUACAGCAACAUCAGUGGCAGCCCCAAAAAUAACAAGUACUACAGCAGCUCCUACUACUAAUUUCCCGGUUUGGUCGUGGCAAAAUUACUUACAAACAUCUGCGGGAUUAUCUACAGCCAGACAAACAACAACUCGUUACUCUGUACCAACCACAACGAGGCCAACCACAGGGAAACCCACCACAGCCAGACUAACAACUGCGAAAUCAAUAAGUGCGAAAACAACAACAACAGCGAGACCUACAACUACACGGCCAACAACAGCGAGGCCAACUACAGCAAGACCCACAACAGCAAGACCCACCACAGCGAGACCAACUACAGCAAGACCAACCACAGCGAGACCCACAACAGCAAGACCCACCACAGCGAGACCAACCACAGCAGGACCAACCACAGCGAGACCCACCACAGCGAGACCUACGACCACUCGUUACUUUGCAUCGAGAUCAACAACAACCGCGCCUACAACAACGUCCAGAACAAUAACAAGACCAUCAACAACACCGCGUCCAAUAACAACGAGACCAACAACAACAAGGCCUACAACAAUAAAAGCGACAACAGCGAGACCAACACCAACUCGUUACUAUAGAACAAGUACAGCCGCAGUGAAGAACACAACACCACGUACAAUAAUAAGUUCCUCGUUCCACUCGGUCACACGUCCCUUGAAAACAACAACUUUCACAACAAAAACCACAUCUAGACCCACUGCCCAAGCACCCAGCACUACAACAAGACCAACCCAACGUAGUACAACCCCGAAGCCAUAUUUAUUUACAUCAACUACAAUAAAAACUAGCACUAGCGAUCCAUUUAGCCAUCCAUUCUUUCAAAAGUUCAAGGAAAGAUUUGAGAGACCAUCAAGUACCAUCACCACUAGCAGCAGAAACCCAACAACGACAACAUCGAGCCCUUAUUAUGCCAGAUAUCAGGAGAAUAAACUAAAGGUGGCUGCAAAGACAGUUUAUAGCUACGAUUUUGGACAAAAUCGAACAACGCCAACAACAACAACAACUAGAAAACCGUCAAGUGCUUUUGAUUUAUACCUGAAAUGGAAUAAAAACUAAUCUAAUGGGCAUAAUAUAUGGGAUGUAAAAUGGGAAUGUAAAUAAUUGAUGGAUGAACGUUUUAUGUAGCUUAUAAAUAUUUAAUUUUAUGUUUAAUAUAAAUAGGAUUUAGCCAAUAAACCCGAAAAUAAACUCAGAGAGAAUAAAAAACAAA